AUGCAUAUAAGAAAUAAGCAAUAUCCUUAAUAUUUUGAUAUUCAAAAUUCAUUGUUAUCUACUGAUACAGAAUUUUGGGUUACUAAUGUAAAUUUUUAAUCAAUGUAUACAACUUGUUUGACUGUGAAAUGCAAGGAAAUUACUAAAGAAAAAAAUAUUUCAAUUGGAAGGUAGCAUAUUAAAUAUUCUAAAAAUGUACCAUUAUAGUUUAUAUUUAGAAAUUCAUCUUCUUCUCAAAUGCAUUUUUAACAGUUUUAAGGAAUUCAAGUUAAGAAAUUAUAGGAAUAUCAUUGUAGAAGAAAGAAAACAAAAUUGAACUUUAUGGACAAAUAUAAAAUUGGAUUAAUGUAUUGAUGAAAGAGUGCAUCUCAUUAGAUUUUAUUUCUAAUUAUUAAAUCAUAUAACUAAUUGGUAGAGGAUCCUCAGCUAAUGUAAUGAUUAUAUUUAAUUUAAGGUUUAUUAAGUUCUAUCUAAAAUAGAUGACAUAAAUUAUGCAAUAAAAGUAUUUGAUAAAACACAACUUGAAACAGAUUAUUAAAUAAAACAAUCAUUAUUAUUUGAAAUAUAAUACUUAAAACUAUUCAAUCAUCCUAAUAUCGUAAAAUAUUUUGGAGUAUUUGAGUCAAAUUCAUAAAUUAUUUUAAUUUCAGAAUUAUUAUUAGGGGGUGAUCUCAAUAGUAAUAUAGAAGACAGAAAAAUUGAUGAAGAUUAAAUUAAAAUUAUUAUGAAAUCUAUUUUAGGAGGUCUUGAUUAUGUGCAUAGUUUUGGAAUAUUUCAUAGAGACAUUAAAAAAUGCAAUAUCAUGUUAAGAAAUUAAAAUAGUUAUGAUUCUAUUUGUCUUAUUGAUUUUGGUUUGGCUGAAAAAGCUAAUAUUGAAAAUGAUUAUUUAUUUAGAUAUUGUGGUACACCUGGUUGUGUUGCUCCUGAAAUAUUAAGAAAAUAAAAAUAUGGAUUGAAAGUAGAUAUAUAUAGUGUAGGCAUUUUAUGCUAUUAAUUGAUGUUUGGCAAAGAUCCAUUUAAAUCAAAUACAACAAAAGAAACAAUAGUCAAAAAUUUCUUGGGACAUAUUGAUUUUACUGAUACUUCAUCAAUAUCAAAAAGUGGAAUCAAUUUCUUAAAAGGAUUGAUAGAUAUAGAUCCUUAAAUUCGAUUUUCAGCUGCAUAAGCUUUAAAACAUCCCUUUUUAUAGCCAGAGAUUAAUAAAAUACUUGUUAAUGGAAAUAGAUUUAAUGCCUAUGUUAGAAAAGAACCUUUAAAAUUAAAGCCUUUAUUAUUUCAUAAUAGUAGAAAUCAGUCACCUAAUACUGUUGUUAAAACUUCACCUUGUAAAUUUUACCUAAAAACUGAUAUGAGUCCUCAAUCAAACCGGGAAAAAACCAAUAACGAUAGCUCAAGAUUAAUUUCAAAAUCUUUUUUUUUAAGAAAUUAUAAAAAAAUGAAUACAAAAUGA